GGUGGAGCGGGCGCGGCUCCUCGGGACGCGGCGCCGGCCGGCCGUCGCUGGGUCCGGGACACCGGGCUGCUCGUGCCUGAGAAAGGAGCCGCCGCGGGUCUGGACACAAUGAACAGCGGCAGCGCCAACAUCACCUAUGCCAGUCGCAAGCGGCGGAAGCCGGUGCAGAAAACAGUAAAGCCAAUUCCAGCUGAAGGAAUCAAGUCAAAUCCUUCCAAGCGACAUCGAGACCGACUUAAUACAGAAUUGGACCGUUUGGCUAGCCUGCUACCUUUUCCACAAGAUGUUAUUAAUAAGCUUGACAAACUUUCUGUACUUAGGCUCAGUGUCAGUUAUCUGAGAGCCAAGAGCUUCUUUGACGUUGCGUUAAAAUCUUCCUUCGUGGACAGAAAUGGAAUCCAGGAUAAUGGUACAGCAAAAUUGAGAGACAUGAACUUGCAAGAAGGAGAAUUCUUAUUACAAGCUCUGAAUGGCUUUGUAUUGGUUGUCACUACAGAUGCUUUAGUCUUUUAUGUUUCCUCUACUAUCCAAGAUUACCUGGGGUUUCAACAAUCUGAUGUCAUACAUCAGAGUGUGUAUGAACUUAUCCAUACUGAAGAUCGAGCUGAAUUUCAGCGUCAGUUACAUUGGUCAUUAAACCCUCCACAAGAGUCUGGACAAGGAAUUGAUGAAGCUCAUGGCCUAACACAGGCAGGAGUCUAUUAUACCUCAGAACAGCUUCCUCCAGAAAACACUCCGUUUAUGGAGAGGUGCUUCAUAUGCCGGCUAAGGUGUCUGCUGGACAAUUCAUCUGGUUUUCUGGCAAUGAAUUUCCAAGGGAGAUUAAAGUAUCUUCAUGGACAGAACAAGAAAGGGAAGGAUGGAUCUAUGCUUCCUCCUCAGUUGGCUUUGUUUGCAAUUGCUACUCCACUUCAGCCACCAUCCAUACUGGAAAUUCGAACCAAAAACUUUAUCUUUAGAACAAAACACAAACUGGACUUCACACCAACUGGUUGUGAUGCUAAGGGACAAAUUGUUUUAGGAUACACCGAAGCCGAGCUUUGUGCAAGAGGCUCAGGAUAUCAGUUCGUCCAUGCAGCUGACAUGCUGUAUUGUGCUGAAUUACAUGUCCGAAUGAUUAAGACUGGAGAAAGUGGCAUGACCGUUUUCAGACUUCUUGCAAAACACAAUCGAUGGACAUGGGUCCAGUCUAAUGCACGCUUAGUUUAUAAAAAUGGACGACCAGAUUAUAUCAUCGCAACUCAGAGACCUCUAACAGAUGAAGAAGGAAGAGAUCAUUUACAAAAACGGAAUUUGACCCUGCCUUUUAUGUUUACCACCGGAGAAGCUAUGCUCUAUGAGUUAACCAGUCCAUUUCCUACUAUAAUGGAUCCCUUACCAGUAAGGACUAAGAGCAGCAACACUAGUGGAAGAGACUGUGCUACCAAAUCGACUCUAAGUAAGGAUUCACUCCAUCCCAGUUCCCUUCUGGGUUCCAUGAUGCAACAGGAUCAAUCUAUUUAUCUCUAUCCUGCUUCAAACACAACACCUUUAGAAAGCGUUUUUAAGGAUUCUAUGAGUGAAUUUGGUAAUUGGCAAAACAGUAUUGCACCAAUGGAAAAUGCUUCCAUUCUGAAACAUGAGCACAUUGGACAAUCUCAGGAAAUUAACCCAAUGCUCUCUGGAGGUCACACAGGGCUGUUUCCAGAUAAUAAAAAUAGUGAAUUAUACCACACUAUGAAAAACCUAGGCAUUGAUUUUGAAGAUAUCAAACAGAUGCAGAAUGAAGAAUUUUUUGGAAAUGACUUUUCUGGUGAGGUUGACUUUAGAGACAUUGACCUAACAGAUGAAAUUCUAACCUAUGUCCAAGAUUCCUUAAAUAAGUCUACCUUCCAGAGUGCAGAUUACCAAGAACAGCAGCCUGUGGGUCUGAACUCAAGUUGUAUGCUACAGGAACGCCUGCAGUUAGAGCAGCAGCAGCAGCAGCAGCAGCCGCAGCAGCAGCAGCUAUGCCAGUACCCUCAACAGCAGAAGAAGGCGGUGGUAGAGCCCCAGCAACAAUUGUGCCAGCAAAUGAGGAAUAUGCAAGUUAAUGGCAUGUUUGCAAAUUGGAACUCUGAUCAGUCCAUGCCUUUCAGUUGUCCUCAGCAAGACCUACAACAGUGCAAUGUUUUUUCAGAUUUACAAGGGGCUCAUCAAGAGUUCCCCUACAAAUCUGAGAUUGACACUAUGCCUUACACACAGAACUUCAUUUCCUGUAAUCAGUCUGUUUUACCACAACAUUCCAAGUGUACACAGUUGGACUUUCCCAUGGGGAACUUUGAACCAUCCCUCUACCCUACUCCUUCUUCUAAUUUAGAAGAUUUUGUCACUUGUUUACAAGUUCCUGAAAACCAAAAGCCUGGAAUAAAUUCCCAGUCAACCAUCAUAACUCCCCAGACAUGUUAUUCUGGGACCAAUUCAAUGUAUCAAUGCCAGCCAGCCCCUCAACACACCCACAUGGAGCAGAUGCCAUACAACCCAACUUUCCCAGGCCCACAGACAUUCUUGAACAAGUUUCAGACUGGAGGAGUAAAUGAAACAUUCCCAGCUGACUUAAAUAACAUGAGUCACAUGCAGACUGCCCCUCAUCUUCAGCCCCUUACUCAUCCAUCAGAUGCCAAACCUUUCCCUCACCUAACUUCCAGCAGAUUCCUCUAACUCCAAGCCUGAUUUUCAUCUUCACUUUUGUAUCAAAUUCGUUUGUGGUGGAUCACAAAAGUAAUGCUAUUGUUGGACAUAUCGGCACUGUUCUUCCAAACCAGAUUUUAAUAUUUGUUUGUAGAACCUGAGUUAAAUAUCCAUUUUAUACACAGUAAUCUUUGAAAUAGAAGCACACAUCUGUGUAAAGAUGCCUUCUGAGUUCCUAUCACUCAGCCAGCACCACAGGAGUCACCAAGUGCAUUCAUUAUCUUCCACUCUCUCAGAAGACUUGACGUGACUUACUGCUGUCAGAAUAAAAAUGAAGUACUUU